GGGGGGAGGCUGGCGCAUGGAGGGUUGGAUUGGGCAUCACCUCAAGGUUGGGGUAUAAGGCAUAGUUCAAUGUACAGGUUGAAGCUCACAAGGUCUAAUUGUUGAGAUGUAUUAUUUUCGAACCCAAGCUCUCAAUCUCGGAAAUACUGUUAAGAUUAUAGUGUUUACAAAGCCAAUUUGAAGCUAUCAUAACCUUUCAGUAGACAUACUUACUCCAUAUUAACUUUAUUGAUUUGCAUAUUGCUCCCAUCGUUUCAUAGUACUUGUGAAUAGAACAGCUUGUGUUUUACAUGUCAUCCUUUGGCUUUCAAGGUUGCUGGUUGGUUCCUUCAUUAUAAUGGUGAACUUAACAAUUAUUUAGGCAUGGCUUCUUGAACAAAUUAUGUUUUUUAAAUUGCAGUCACUAGAAUUGUGUUAGACCAAACCUUUCGGAAUAUGUAGUUAUUCAAGUGGAUGCUAGCCAUUGUACUAGUCAUAAAGUUCAAGCAACAUUGAAGUAGUAGCAGUAGCAAUAUCAUGCGACACUUGUUGGUUAGAUUUGAAUGGGAGGAGUGAUUUGACUUAGAAAUUCUAGUUAAAUGAUUUUACUCACACCACCGUAAGAACUGUUUGAAUUGGUGAGAAAAAAUUCGAUAAUUUUUUUCCCUUUAGUUUUUACUAACAGAAUUUAUAGGAGUUGCUUUUUUCAUUUGGGUGAGAGGGUUUAAGUACGGAAGUGGAAUAUCUUCAUGGUCAUUUCAUGAUGAACCUUUUUCCAUCUUCUCAUGGAAAACACAAGAGGAACGAUAAUUUUGCCAACCUUGGUAUAAUGGCUUGCCAGUUUGAGCUUUGUUACAGAUUAUGUGGCGAGUUCCAGCUGUGGGAUAUGUAUAGCCCCCCCCCCUUUGACCUAGCCACAUUUUGAAUUUGGUGGUCCAACGAACAUUUCAAUCCACCUUGUAUUGGUUUUUUUCUCAUGUAUUGUCAUUAGUUGGUCUAUUCAGCUCUUACCUUUGACUUGGUUAUUUUUUGACCUCCUUUUCCACCAUGCUUAAAAACUGGAUCACUUUGAAACUUCACAGGUAGACAGGGGAAACUGAACCUACCCAUGCCCCAAUGUAAGUGCAAAAUGGACUUCCACAUGGUAGUUAGAUGUGGAUUGUUGUGCUUUCACUCUCUACUGAAAACAGGGGGAAAAAAAUUAAAAAGGAAGCAAGAAAAUCAGUGUCGUUGUAUUCUUUCCUCGGUAAAAUUUCUUCUUUGAGCUACUUUAUCUUUGACGUCACUUAUAAUUACCUUUUGAAAGUGUUAACCUCAGGUAAAGACUAAAGAAAAGCAGAGGCUAUAUAGACAGCUUAGAAUGAGGAGGCUCUUGAGCAACCAAGGAAUAAUCUUUCGUUCUAAUUCAGAAUACCUUGGUAUCAUAAAAAGAAAGUUAUCAUCAUCAUGUGGUGGAUCUUCCACUAGUGUGUAUGGAAGGGAUGGUACCAUCCCAUCUGGUGUUGAUAAUGAAAAUCUGGGAGAAGCAGAGGGUUCAAAAUCACGAGUAGAUGCAGUUUAUGGCAUUCUGAUGAGUGGUCCUUGGGGAUUGGCACUGGAAGAUGCUCUAUCUAAGAUGGAUGCAAACCCUCAACCUGAAUGUGUUAUCAGAGUCCUGAAGAGAUUGAAUGAUGCAAAUUUAGCUAUCAACUUUUUCCGAUGGGCAGAGAGGAAAACCAACCAAGUACACAAUUUGGAAGCAUACAGUUCCCUUCUCAUGAUAAUGGUAAGAAAUAAAAAGUUUGAUGAAUUAGGGCAGAUUCUUCAGGAAAUGAGUCUUGCUGGAUGUGAACCAUCAAAUAACACAUAUGUGGAAUUAGUUGCAACCUGUGUCAAGUCUCAGAUGCUGGUCGAAGCAUUCAAUCUAAUUCAAACUAUGCGGAAAUUCAAAUUCCGUCCUGCAUUUUCAGCAUACACAACUUUGAUUGGUGCUCUUGCAGAGGGUCAUGAACCUGAUCUUGCACUUGCCCUAUUUCAUCAGAUGCAAGAGUUGGGCUAUGAAGUGAAUGUGCAUCUGUUUACUACUCUUGUUCGUGUAUUUGCUAGGGAAGGGCGGGUCGACAUGGCUCUCACCUUAUUGGAUGAGAUGAAGAGUAUCUCUUUUGAUGCAGAUAUUGUUCUCUACAAUGUCUGUAUAGAUUGCUUUGGGAAAGUUGGUAAGUUGGAUAUGGCCUGGAAAUUCUUCCAUGAGAUGAAAACUCAAGGUCUUGUGCCAGAUGAUGUAACCUAUACUAGCAUGAUAGGGGUUCUCUGCAAAGCGAAUAGACUGGGUGAAGCCGAAGAGCUAUUUGAGAAGAUGGAACUUAAUAGGAGUGUUCCGUGUGCAUAUGCUUAUAACACAAUGAUCAUGGGCUAUGGCUCUGCUGGAAAGUUUGAUGAAGCUUACAGAUUACUUGAGCGGCAGAAAGAGAAAGGUUGCAUUCCUAGUGUGGUUGCAUAUAAUUCCAUCCUUACUUGCCUUGGGAAGAAGGGGAGAGAAGAUGAGGCUUCUAGAAUGUUUGAGGAGAUGAAGGGAGAUGCAGUGCCUAAUCUUUCAACCUAUAACAUUCUCAUAGACAUGCUUUGCAAAGCAGGAAAACUUGAGGGUGCUUUUAAGAUUCGUGAUGCCAUGGAAGAAGCUGGUUUAUAUCCUAAUGUGCUGACUGUGAAUAUAAUGGUUGAUCGGCUGUGCAAGGCUCAAAAGCUGGAAGAAGCUUGGAGUAUCUUUGAAGGGAUGGAACGGAAGGGCUGCACCCCAGAUGCCGUUACAUUCUGCUCCUUGAUAGAUGGUCUGGGUAAAAAGGGCAGGGUGGAUGAUGCUUAUCGGUUGUUCGAGAAGAUGUUAGAUGUAGGUGAGGUUCCAAAUGCUGUUGUCUACACCUCCCUUAUCAGGAACUUCUUUAAGUCUGGCAGGAAGGAAGAUGGACACAAGAUCUACAAAGAAAUGGUCCAUAGAGGUUGUUCACCUGAUCUAACCCUUCUUAAUACGUACAUGGAUUGUGUUUUCAAGGCUGGUGAAACUGUAAAGGGGCGUGCUUUGUUUGAGGAAAUUAGGGCCAGGGGGUUUGUACCUGAUGCGCGGAGCUACUCUAUUCUCAUUCAUGGACUUAUAAAAGCUGGCCAUGCACGAGAGACCUAUGAGUUGUUCUAUGCAAUGAAAGAACAGGGUUGUGUUUUUGAUUCUCGUGCCUACAAUGUUAUCAUUGAUGGAUUCUGCAAGUCUGGUAAAGUGAACAAAGCCUACCAGCUGCUGGAAGAAAUGAAGGCAAAGGGUCAUCCACCCACUGUUUUUACAUAUGGAUCGGUCAUUGAUGGGCUUGCCAAAAUUGAUAGGCUGGAUGAGGCAUACAUGCUCUUUGAAGAAGCAAAAUCAAAAGGAAUAGCGUUAAAUGUUGUUGUCUAUAGCAGUCUUAUUGAUGGGUUUGGAAAGGUGGGCAGAAUUGACGAAGCUUAUCUGAUCAUGGAAGAGUUGAUGCAAAAGGGCAUGGCACCCAAUGUGUACACAUGGAACUGCCUGCUUGAUGCCUUAGUUAAGGCGGAAGAAAUAAAUGAAGCCCUUAUCUGCUUUCAGUCAAUGGCAGACUUGAAAUGCAGCCCUAACACUAUCACUUAUAGCAUUCUCAUAAAUGGUCUUUGUCGGGUUCAGAAUUUCAACAAGGCCUUUGUUUUUUGGCAAGAGAUGCAGAAAAAAGGGUUAAACCCUAAUUUGAUCACCUACACGACCAUGAUUUCAGGGCUUGCAAAGGCAGGUAACAUAGCAGGGGCUAAUGACUUGUUUAGGAGGUUUCGGGCUAGUGGAGGUGUACCAGACUCUGCUACUUACAAUGUUUUAAUAGAAGCACUGAGUAAUGCUAGUAGGGCAAUUGAUGCAUUCAUACUGUUUGAGGAAACUCGUUUAAAAGGCUUUAAUAUCUAUGCCAAAACCUGCAUUGUCUUGUUGGAUGCAUUACACAAGGCUGAAUGUCUUGAACAAGCAGCCAUUGUUGGUGCUGUGUUGAAGGAGACGGCAAACUCCAAAUAUGCUACAAGACUCUUAUAAAACCGAGCGUAGAAAUAUUGGAUUGUUGGAGGAUGAUCAGAGUUUUCUUUUUGUUCAGCCAGCGUUAAUCAUACUUGAGACUAUUUCAUCAACAUCUUGUUGAUGUACCUUUUAUGGGAUAGCAAGUGUGCUUUUUAUACAUUGGUCUGACCUCCCAUCUUCCUACUGGGUUGUUAUUGCUCCUUGUGGAAAUAUUUGUUUUUUAUCAGAAGUUGUGUUGAGAGAGCACAUCAUAACCACUUACCUAUUAGACCUCAACAAAGGGAAAAUUUAUGCUUAAUCCACCUCUUCUCCCAUCUCCCACGGAAUAGGUGACACUUGGCAGACCUAAAAGUGGCCUCUGAGAUCAUUGGUGCUGCUUCGCUAUGAUCUGUAAAUCUCAUCCUUGCAGCUUUCUUCUCCUGUGGUUGGUUUCAAUCCGAAUCUAGUAUCCAUCCUUGUUGCUUUAACCAAUGCCUUGCCUGAUUCAAUGGUUUAAUGGCAAAUCCUGCAAAGCAAUGCGUUUGUGCAGUUGGAGGAGCAAAUCACAUAUACAACAAAAUGUUUGAACUUUGACCUUAUGAAGACCAUCUAAAUGUCCGAAACAGUGUGCAAGGAAAAAUGUACUGUGUGAUAAAUCAGUGUGAACAGGCGUCGGAUUUGCCAUUAACAGUGGAUGCUGAAGAGUCAGAUGCCGGGAUCAAGCAGAGGAUCAAGAGGGAGAAUAGAUACCUCGACGGAGAGACUUUGAAAAACCAGUUGAGACAAGAUUGGUGAGAAAAAACAAUUGAAUAAUGGUGCUUCAGGACAGGUUAGUCACAUCUGAUGGAGUAAAAUUUCGCUCUUUUGAGAAAUUAGGAAGGAGAAAUGAAAUGACUUCAGAGGGAGUCUGGUUUUUCUGUCAAGAACAUAUAUCAGUUUCAAUACUUCUCAUUUCCCAUAAGAUCUCAACAUUUCUGCAAGGAAGUUUUGACCAGCAAAUCUGGAAGGUAUCAUUCUCUUAUGCUGUGCGUUGACUGGUUGCACUUUAAUUGGUUUCUAUGAUUUUGGAGCCAUAUUAUACACAAAUUGGGUAGCCAUAAUCAUGUACUUAUAUAUUUCUCAGUUGUGCUCUCAACUUUCUAUUGUUGAAUAUUAUUGGAAAAUAAUAUAGUGGGUGAAGAAUUUUCCAGUUAAA